UCGUCAUUAACUCCAUAUUUUUCAAAUGCGAGAAGGAUCUCUAUAUAAUAUGAACACGCAACCGCAAACUGGAAAGAACCACCACCACCAUCGUCGUGGAAAUUAAGGAACCACAAAAAACCGUACCAAAGGAACGACAAAUCCGAUGGCGGAGUGGUUGUUAAAUCGGUGGACCGGCGCAGCCGCAGCUAUAAUGAUCCAGUGGAGCUGCGGUGCAUCGUACACCUUCAGCAUCUACUCCCCAGUGCUCAAGUCAUCGCAAGGCUACGACCAAUCCACGCUUGAUACCGUUUCGGUGUUCAAGGACAUCGGCGCCAACUUCGGCAUCCUCUCCGGCCUCCUCUACACCGCCGUCACUCCCUACCGGAGCAGCGGCGUGGAGUGCUUGUCAGCAAAGUCGAAGUGGGCCUCAUUGGGUGGUCCCUGGGUGGUGCUGGCGGCCGGGGCGGUCCAGGUGUUCGUGGGGUUCAUGUUCAUGUGGGCCGCUGUUGUUGGGCUCAUUGGGACGCCGCCGGUUUGGGUUAUGUGCUUCUUUGCGUGGCUUGGAGCUAACGGCCAGACGUUCUUGAAUACCACUAAUGUUGUCACUGGCUUGCGUAAUUUCCCUGAAUAUAGUGGUACCAUUGUGGGCAUCAUGAAGGGCUUCCUUGGACUCAGUGGAGCAAUCCUAAUUCAGCUGUAUCACACAUUUUGUGAUGGCGACCCGGCCACAUACCUUCUGAUGCUUGCUUGCUUGCCUGCAUUCAUAUGUAUACUGCUAAUGUUUUUGGUGAGGAUCUAUGAAGUGCGCGACAGCAAUUACAAGAAGCAUUUGAACGGUUUCUCAGUGGUCACUGUGAUUAUUGUUGCCUAUCUCAUGUUCAUAAUUAUUUUACAAAACUUCACCAGCUUAUCAACUUGGGCGCGCAUGUUAACAUUUGUAAUCCUAAUGGUUCUACUAGCACUCCCCUAUGGCAUUGCCAUCAAAGCUCAAUGGGAGGAGUCACGAAGCUUCGCGCAAACCUUCUCGUUUGAGAGGCCCCCUUCAACGGACAGCCAAAAGCUAAUCAUGUCGUCUAGUUAUUCUCCAUCAGGGGAUCAAUCGGAAUACCAAGAGCUGCCUAGUGAUGCAGGGCAGCUACAAUUGAAUUCGGAUGACAUGUUGACCCAUGAACAAGAAAUGAACCUCUUGCAAGCUAUGUGCACGAUUGAUUUUUGGAUGUUGUUUUUAACCAUGAUAUCAGGGUUAGGCUCAGGGCUUGCAAUGAUAAAUAACAUGAGCCAAAUAGGCGAAUCUCUUGGCUAUAGUACAAUUGAGAUUAAUAAUAUGGUGUCCUUGUGGAGUAUGUGGAACUUUCUUGGCCGUUUUGGAGGUGGUUAUGUAUCUGAUUAUAUCAUGCAUCGAAAAGGUUGGCCGAGGCCCUUGUUGAUGGUAGCAACUCUGGGGACGAUGAUUUUCGGCCAUGUCAUUAUAGCUGUUGGUUUCCCUGGAAACCUGUAUUUGGGUCCUGUCUUGGUGGGAAUCUGCUAUGGUGCACAUUGGUCCUUGAUGCCUACUAUCACUUCUGAGAUUUUCGGUGUAAGGCAUAUGGGUACCAUUUUCAACACUAUUGCUGCUGCAAGUCCGCUUGGAUCUUAUUUACUUUCUGUCAAAGUUGUCGGAUAUAUUUACGACAAGGAAGCCGAUAAAGAAGAUAACUCAUGCUUUGGAAUACAUUGCUUCAUGUCAUCGUUUUUUAUCCUGGCAGCUGUAUCUUUUAUCGCAUUUUUGGCUGGUCUUGCAUUAUACUUCCGGACACGAAAUUUCUAUAAGCUAGUUGUGCUCAGAAGAUUAAAACAUUCUGUGUGAUGACAAGGAAUUCAGGUGGUAUCAUUUCAUCACAAGUGGAACCAUGAGAUAAAUCUGUUGAAAUUAUGAGGAAGUUCUCAGAGCUUAAUGCCCGUAGGUCAGGAACAUAUUUUUGUGUUGAUAUGGGAGUCACCUCUGUUGCUAUCAAGGUACAUUCUCUAUCUUUGCCAUAUGAAUUAUCUUAGUGAAUGUGAAGUAAAGUUUCUAUAAAUAGUUUCCCAAGUUUUAAGUAGUAAACAUCGUCAAAUAAAAAUCUCAUAGUUCAUGCUCCUUAUAAUUGUCGUCAAUGAACUGUAGCUCAAGAAGCAUCUUCUUAAUAAUCAUGAAAAAGUGUCCGUUUGAUUGGUGCUGUGAAUUUUGAUUCAGCAAGUUUUUGUUGGCUGAUAUUUUGAAACUUGUAGCGAGUGAGGUGGGAGAGUUCUGUUCUUCGGUUGGCAUUGUUGCCUCUCAAUGUAAAUGAAACGUUAAGUAUCAUAAUAGAUUAAUAAAGAGCUAUUUGAAUUUAAACAUUCUUUGUGGGAUAUACACCCAUGAAGUAGUGUAUUAGUGCUGUCACUGCUGUGUGCAACUAUGCAAUUAGAUCCAUAAUAGAUACCUCGGGCAUUACUUUCAUAAGGUUCACUUUGGAGUGCAUUUAGGUAGUGUUUUGUUUUCAGAGACUGGGACUGGUACUUAGUAUUGUGUUUAAUAACCAGAAAUUGGAACUAAAAUUUCCAUUCCAAGAUACAAACUUUUAGUCCCUCAUUA